AUGGCUCGUACUAAGCAAACAGCUCGGAAAUCCACCGGAGGUAAAGCUCCCAGAAAACAGCUCGCUACCAAGGCAGCUCGAAAAAGCGCCCCUGCUACCGGCGGCGUGAAGAAGCCUCACCGCUACCGGCCCGGCACCGUGGCGCUGCGGGAGAUCCGCCGCUACCAGAAGUCCACCGAGCUCCUUGUUCGGAAACUGCCUUUCCAGCGGCUGGUGCGCGAGAUCGCCCAGGACUUCAAGACCGACCUGCGCUUCCAGAGCUCGGCCGUGAUGGCCUUGCAGGAGGCCAGCGAAGCCUACCUGGUCGGGCUGUUUGAGGACACCAACCUGUGCGCCAUCCACGCCAAGCGGGUGACCAUCAUGCCCAAGGACAUCCAGCUGGCUCGCCGCAUCCGCGGGGAGAGGUGCAUAGGUUUUUGUUGUCUCGCUGCAAUGGCUCGUACUAAGCAGACCGCGCGAAAGUCUACCGGCGGCAAGGCGCCCCGCAAACAGCUCGCUACGAAGGCCGCCCGCAAGAGCGCGCCGGCUACCGGCGGCGUGAAGAAGCCUCACCGCUACCGGCCCGGCACCGUGGCCCUGCGGGAGAUCCGCCGCUACCAGAAGUCCACCGAGCUGCUGAUCCGCAAACUGCCCUUCCAGCGGCUGGUGCGCGAGAUCGCCCAGGACUUCAAGACCGACCUGCGCUUCCAGAGCUCGGCCGUGAUGGCCUUGCAGGAGGCCAGCGAAGCCUACCUGGUCGGUUUGUUUGAGGACACCAACCUGUGCGCCAUCCACGCCAAGCGCGUGACCAUCAUGCCCAAAGACAUCCAGCUGGCUCGCCGCAUCCGCGGGGAGAGAGCUUAG